GCCCGGCCCGCCGGCCUCAUGGAGGAGGACCCCGCCCGGCUACCCUCCCACCUGCAUAAAACCGAGAUUUGCUUGUUCUUCCUUGAAGACAGCUGUAUCCACCCCAUAGAAACAUGUUUCCGAGCUCAUUACAGGCUGCCUUACAGCUGGGAAAUUCUGGAGGGCCAUCAGUGGACGCUGCUGUAUAGCUCAGAAAAGAUAGAAGAGGAUUACUGUAAUCCCAAAAAAACGUACAGCAUGGUGGAUGGAGAAGCGGUGUGGUUUGAGACAAUGACGCGUGGAUUCCAGAAGGUCAGGCGUCUCUCCUCCAUCUCCUCAGUCCUCCAGCCCACCUUCCUACUCACCACCGAGUGGCUCUGGUACUGGGAGGAAGAGGAUGGGAACUGGAACCAGUACGAUUCACCACCCAACAGCAGCACAGAGCUGGAGCAGAAGUUCCAGAAGAACCCCCAGGAGGUGGUGUGGUUCACCGCAGGGUCCCAGACCUACACACUCAGCCUCCAGGACAUGAUUCAGACCAAUAAGAGAUACGGCACCAAGAGGAGGGUGAGGCGACGGCCUCGGUUCCGGUCCUCCGCCGACGUGCAGGACGACAGGACAAGUAAAAGGCCUCCAAAUGGUCCACCAAAUGUCCAAGCUUUUCCCAGACACUGGGACAAGACCCAGGUUCCUGAUAUUGGAUACAAGAAAGUACUGCUGCAAGAUUCAUCAACAGAAUACAAGGAGGUGGAGACGCUGUUUCGUCAGACGAUGACCGCCUUUGACAUCGUGAAGAUCGAGAGAAUUCAGAACAAGUGUCUCUGGGACCAAUUUCAGUUGCAAAGGGAACAAAUGAAGAAAAGGAAUGGGGGCCGUAGUGUGGCUGAGAGGAAGCUGUUCCACGGCACAGACUCCAAGUUCAUCAACGCCAUCUGCUGUUCGAACUUUGACUGGCGGAUCUGUGGAACCCACGGGACCUUCUACGGCAAGGGCAGUUACUUUGCCCGGGAUGCCAGCUACUCCCACAAAUACACCGGGUACACCUCGACGGUCCACUCCAUGUUCGUGUCCCGGGUGCUGGUGGGUCACCACACCCAGGGCGAGGCCGGCUACGUGCGCCCGCCCUCCAAGGACGGCGGGGACACCCUCUUCUAUGACAGCUGCGCCAACGACAUCCACUCACCCUCCAUCUUUGUCGUCUUCGACCGGCCUCAGAUCUACCCGGAGUUCCUGCUCACGUACAAGGAGAAGGCUGCGGACAACUUGUGGUCCAGGUUACUGAUCGCCGUCGCCGCCGCACCGGUGGUAAUACCCACACCUGUGGUGAUACCCACGCCUGUGGUGAUAUCCACGCCUGUGGUGAAACCCACGCCUGUGGUAAUACCCACGCCUGUGGUGAAACCGACGCCUGUGGUGAUACCCACGCCUGUGGUGAUACCCACGCCUGUGGCGAUACCCACGCCUGUGGCAAUACCCACGCCUGUGGCGAAACCGACGCCUGUGGCGAUACCCACGCCUCCUGUGGUGAAUCCCACGCCUGUGGUGAAACCCAAGCCUGUGGUGAAACCCAAGCCUGUGGUGAAACCCAAGCCUGUGGUGAAUCCCACGCCUGUGGUAAUGCCCACUCCUGUGGUGAAACCCACGCCUGCACCCAGAACCAAGCCCCCGCAGCAGUUCACUGGCGCUUACUCGUACUUGAAUGCCGUCCCGCCGCCACAGCCCUUCCGCCCCCUCACAACAGCCCUACCCAGCCCCCCCCCGCCCACGUCUGUGCCCAGAACCAAGCCCCCGCAGCAGCUCACUGGCGCUUUCUCGUACUUGAAUGGCGUCCCUCUGCCACAGCCCUUCCGCCCCCUCACAACAGCCCUACCCAGCUCCCCCCCGCCCACGUCUGUUCCCAGAGCCACGCCCGCACAUCGCAUCCCUGGCGCUUUCUCGUACUUCCCGCCGCCACACUCUGCCCCCUAA